ACUCUCUUUUUUUAUUAUUCUCGGCAGUAAAACAAAAUGGGCAACUAUCUGACAAGUGCAAGCACACCAGAGAAACAUGUCUGGGUUAAACCAGCGACAAGAUCCACGAAUGACGGGGGAGGACCAAGCAUUAAACUUCAAGACCUUCCAGAGGAUUUUUUGUCCACAAUUUUAGCAAAACUACCUGCAGAGGAGGUUGUACGGACCAGUGUUUUGUCAAGCGAGUGGAGAUGGAUGUGGACAGCUUGCCCCAAACUACAUUUCAAUGGUGUCGACGGUGCGCGUAGGAAUGGGGGGAACCAAAAUUCCCAGAUGUUCAUCGACGGUGUUAAUGCAGUUUUGCAAAAGCACCGUGGGAAGUUUGUCGAUAACCUUGAGAUUAAAUUUAUAGCCGAGAACAAGCACGUUUACCAUAUCAAUAACUGGAUUAGGUUUGCCAUAUCGUCCCGGACAAGGAAGCUAGCUUUUGAUUUGGCCUCGCCACCUAAUGGUCAGGGACACCGUGAUCAUUACAGGUUCCCAUUUGAACUUCUAGACAAGGAAAGUGUAUGCUGCCUACAGUGUCUUCAACUUAGCUUUGUUUGUUUAAAACCUCCUUCCCAGUUUAUAGGCCUUCCAAACCUAAGAAAGCUUGAACUCUAUUUAGUGAAAACCACUAGGCGGGAUCUCGAGAAUAUGUUGUGUAGUUGCUGUAAACUUGAGCGGCUGAGCCUAGUCAGAUGUCAUCUGAACGAUGAACUGAGGGUCACUCAGCCAUUGUCCCACCUACAGUACUUGCAAGUAAUUUGCUGCAGGCUUACCAAGAUAGAGUUUCACGCUGCAAAUCUCUCCACCUUUGUGUAUGAUGGAUCUUGCAUACCUUUUUCCCUCCAUCAUGCUUCCAAACUGGAAAAUGCAAAAAUUUCCUUUACCGGUGCUAUUUUACAGCAUGUUGCAAAAUCACUUCUCGACGGUCUACCAAAUGUACAAAACCUGACAUUGCAGUUAGCACUUUGGUGGUUAGAGACUCGAUGGAUGUUAAAUAUCCCCCGCAUGUUUUCUCAGCUCAGGCAUUUGCAACUAAUGCUGCUCAUACCUAUUGGAGAAACUGACAAAAUUCUCUACUUAUUAGUUUCUUUAAUAAGGGCUGUUCCGCUCAUUGAAAAGUUGGAAGUACAUUUUCAUGGGAUUUCUACUUCGUGGUUCGCAAAUUAUGGACCUCUCAGACAAGAAAUCCCGCCGUGUGACUAUGCGCAUCUGAAGAGUAUUCAUGUUACGGCUUUUAGAGCGGCAAGAAGCCAAGUUGAAUUCCUUCUGCAUGUGUUAUGCCCCUGCUGUACAGGUUGUGACUUUGGAUACAGCUCAAAGACUAACCGACGCUCGGAAUCCAGAUGAAAUAGACCCAACACAGAGUAGUGUAGCCUUUGAUGUUGUUAGAGGCCCCUUACUUGAGAAACUCCCGUCGCAUGCAAAGCUUUUCCUUGUUUGAGAUAGCGAUAGAACAGAUCUAAUAUAUGAGCAUACUGGUUGUAGAAACAUCUUAUAUCAUGGGAUGGAGGGUGUGGUAAAAUAUGACCAAUUGGACAACCUUAUCAAAGAAUAUGGGCGCGCAACAAGUAGUCGACCGCGAGCUACCCCACAUGGAAAUGUUACAUAUUAUGGUGAUCGUUGCCUAUGUGGAUAGGCCACUUCGGCCACAUACAUUUCCGUGUCCGCUAUUGACAUCUACCAGGAUGGUAGAACAGCAAGGCGUCAAUAAAUUUU